CGACGAAGGCCGGGGGCCGGACGUUUCGUUUGUGUUUCGGUUUUUUUGACGAAAGUGGUUUUACAGAAAGUUGUUAGAUUUGUUGGCGCCCCAUUAGUGCGCGGAAGUUGUUGCUCCGUUGGUCCACCAGUAAAGCUUCAUAUUUCCUCUUCUGCGUGAGGAAAAGGAGAGAACAAACAUGGAUGAGCCUCCGCCACCCGGCGGUGAGAUGAUGCAUAUGACCGGAAUGAUGAUGUCUGGAAUGAUGCCACCUGGAACAGAGGCUAUGGAUGGUAGCAUGCUCCAUUAUCAGCAGGAAGGUGCUUUAACAGCUCCUCCUCCACCCUCUUACGGAAUGAUGCCACCUGGAGAAGAGUCUCUCCUUCCCCCCGGAGUUGAGGAUGAUGACACUCCACCUGCUCCACCCCCACCAUCAUUUCAGCUUGGUAUGGAAGAUGAUGAGGAUGAUGAGUUGAGAUUGCCUCAGGCUUUAGAGCAAGCAUUGGCCUUCAAAAGUCACAGAGCUCAGGCUUUAGGAGUGGACGAGGACGACCUGCGUCUCAGGAACGAUAUCCCUGAGGCUCCACCGGCACCUGUCAUCUCUCACUCUGUGGCCGAUGAUGACUAUGAAGAUGAGGAGGAAAAUGAUGCCAGUCACAAAUUUGCAAAGGGUGGGAAAAUGACCAAGGAAGAAAUGAGGAUAAACAAAAAUAAGAGGAAAAAGAAGAAGAAGAAACUCAACAAACAGAAUUUGCGCGUCCAGAAAGAGCAACAAGAAUCAGGUGUUACAAGCAAAGAAACUGAUGAGGAGACUGGUGAAAAAGAUGUAGAUGUUGAAAUUGAGUAUAUUCAGGAAGUAUUGGGACUUCAUGACUUGGACCCUAUGUACAGACAGUUUGCUAAAGUUUUUGAAACUUUCCGAAUCACUGAGCCUGAAAAGCUAGACAGAGAAGAAAUAAAAAAAGAGGAGCCCGUUAUUGAGUUCAAAAAAGCUCCAAAACCCAUUGAUGAAUAUGACGAUGAAGAUGAAGAGGAGAAAAAACUGGAUGAAAAAAAGAAGUUGUCCAAACGAAAACUGAAGAAACUUACUCGCCUCAGUGUAGCAGAAUUGAAACAGCUGGUAUCUAGGCCGGACGUUGUAGAAAUGCAUGAUGUCACAGCUAGAGAUCCUAAGUUACUAGUUCAACUUAAGGCACAUCGUAACACUGUUCCUGUUCCCAGACAUUGGUGCUUUAAACGGAAGUAUUUGCAAGGAAAGCGUGGUAUUGAAAAACCACCAUUUGAUCUUCCGGAAUUCAUAAAGAAAACUGGCAUUAUGGAAAUGCGAGCCGCCCUCCAGGAGAAGGAGGACCAAAGAACCCUUAAAGCUAAAAUGAGAGAAAGAUCUAGGCCGAAGAUGGGAAAAAUUGACAUUGACUAUCAAAAGCUCCAUGAUGCUUUCUUCAAGUGGCAGACAAAACCAAGGAUGACUAUUCAUGGUGACUUAUACUACGAAGGAAAAGAGUUUGAAACUAGGUUGAAGGAAAAGAAACCUGGAGAUCUAAGUGAUGAUUUACGUACUGCUCUGGGAAUGCCAGUUGGCUCUAGUGCCCACAAGGUUCCUCCACCUUGGCUGAUUGCUAUGCAACGUUAUGGACCGCCACCAUCUUAUCCAAACCUUAAGAUCCCUGGUCUGAAUGCACCCAUUCCGGACAGCUGCUCCUUCGGUUACCAUGCUGGUGGUUGGGGAAAACCUCCUGUCGAUGAGUCUGGAAAAGCACUCUAUGGUGAUGUCUUUGGACAGCAAAAUCGUGAUCUUGAUAAUGAUGCUGCUGAAGAGGAAGUGGACCGCACCAUUUGGGGCGAGCUCGAGUCAGAGUCUGAAGAAGAAGAAUCAGAAGAGGAGGAAAGUGAAGGUGAAGAGGAAUCAGAGGACCAGACUGGUCUUGUUACCCCAGCAGAAGGCCUGGUCACACCCAGUGGAAUGGCAUCCAUUCCAACCGGGCUGGAAACUCCAGAAAUUAUUGAACUCAGAAAGAGGAAGAUUGAGAAUGAAAUGGAUGGAGGGGACACUCCUGCGCAGCUUUACCAGGUCUUGCCUGAGAAACGUGUUGAUCGCGUGUCUGGUGCAAUGAUGGCAUCGACUCACAUUUAUGACAUGACCAAUACUAGUGCACCCAGGGAGGGCGUGCCUAUCGUCCAGCCACGAGGGCGAGUUCAAUUGCCAGGAAUGUCGGAUCAAGCUGUUGAGCUGGCGUUGGAUCCGUCCGAAUUGGACCUUGUGGAUACUGAAGCCAUGAAGGCCCGGUACGAGCAGCAGAUCCGCGAGCAGAGCCACCUCCAGAAGGAAGAUCACUCGGACAUGUUGGCUGAUCACUUAGCAAGACAAAAGAAUAAAAGGAAAAGACAGCAAACACAAGCUGAGAAACCAACUAAGAAAUACAAAGAGUUCAAAUUCUAAAGAAGGAAUAUCUGAAUGGGGAAGUAUUGUAGGGCUCUCAGCUCCACUGCAUUUUAUCAUAAAAAUGCCAAUCUUUUUUUUUUUUUUUUAACUCAAAUGCAAUUGAGUGUUUUAUAGUUAGCAACUGACAUGGUUGCUUCAUGAAUUGUCAGGGACAUUGUACAUAGUAAUUAAAUAAUUUGAUCAGAA